CUUCCAACAUAUAACCACCCCUUGAAAAGCACUCCGAAUUCAAGACUAUUUCGUUCCCUUAAAUAAAUAAUAUAUCACAAUAUUUAGUACAUACUAAUACAUAUUAUAAACAAUAUUUGAUACAUAUUUGAAAUGAUAAAAUGUCUGAAAAAUACGAUUCUAAUGCUUUAUGGGUUGCCCUUAGUGAGUAUGGAGAAGGCAAUCUGUUUAAUGUAUAUCCAAAGCUUCUUGCUGAGUUGCUUAUGCAGGAAGAUGCUGCGAGAUUGGAAGGGGAUACCAGUGAGGCCGAGAGGCUGGUGCUGCCCAGUGAUAAGGAAUGGAGACUGACACAGUACUUCAACCUUGUAGCAAUGCAAAAGACAUUGGACGAUGAGGAGCUUGAAAAUGCUGAUAAAAGUAAAACUACUGAAGAAGUACCAGAAGAAUGGGCGCCAUGGAACUUGGUGAUAGCCACCAAGAAUCCCAACGCGCCUCCACCAGUUGCCAUCAAGACUGCUCCUGGUCCGGCGUGGGAUAUAGGCCAGGUUCUGAAAGCUGCGCGGAUUUUAUGUAAACCUCCAUUGGGAGUGCAGUUUGGCGACGAACAGGAAAUGAGAUGUGUUUACUCACUCAUUUAUGAUGUAUUUCGAUAUAAAACAAUAUUAGACCAAGCGAUCGACGAUGUGGAUUUCUUUGGAGACUACCCUCAGUUUGCAGAACAUAGACACACAACAUGGCUCUUCCUUAUGGAACUAGCCAGACGAAGAUGGGUUGCACGUCCGCGUGGUGAGAUAGAACGGGCGACGAAACUUUUGAAAGAAGCUGGUUCUCCUUUCAUAGACGUGGAGAAUGCGAUCUGGGAUGAAAGGGUGCAUUUUGCCGCUGCUAUUGCUAGGAUUCGGAUAAAGAAUAAAGCUUUUUCACUAUCGGAUCUUCUCCCGCCACAUUUGCGAGAAGAGAAAAUAUCAGCAUGUGUCAAUAAGGAUACAGUCACCGGAUGGGUAAACACAUUUAAAGCAAAAAAAGUCGCAUUGCUUGUCAAGAAGCUACAAACAUUGGGAUAUUCCUAUAGUAAUUCGCGUCAAUUGUGUGCAGGAGAGUACAGAUUUGAUCGAGUAUGUCCUAGAUUUAUAACAUUACGCCCACCCGAAAACAUAAGCAUCGGCCAGUUAGACUUGGUAAAAGAAGGAGUAAUAGUAUUACAGGAGAGAGAAUUCUGCGAAGGUGCAUCCACACUGUGCCGUGCAUUGCGUGCCAAUUCACUCCGCGGCGUAGUAGCACAAACACACGCGUCCUCGCCCCGCUGCUCCGCGUACUUGGCGGCGCAGUUGCGGGAAUUAGCCGCCGUGCUGAAGGCACAGACGCCGGCCGCGCCUGUCACGCCCGAGCUGGGCAGGCUCGUGGUGUUUGGCGCUGGUGAUAAAGUGGAGAGCUACGUGUGCGCACUUCGCGAGCUCGGCAUAGAUGCGUCAGAGGCUCCACACUCCGAGUCGCCCGUAUGCGUGGUCGGCGACGCGGUGCACAGCGAGACGGCGGCGGUGGCCAGCGCGCUGGACGGCGUGGUGGCUGCACUGGCAACGCCGCCCAACUCGUACUCGGCUGUCACAGAUCCUAUCGAUCUUGUGUGCGGACGUGGAGGAGAUCUGGCUAUGCUUGAGGUUCUAACAGAAUCUGAAAUAGACUCGAAGGGAAAGCAACGUGUACAAUCCAUUCUAGAAGAACAGAAGAAGACACUCAAAACAUUAAUGUCUAAACCCCAGAUUCAGUUAAUCCUUUACGAGACCCACUCAGCGUUAGAAGCGGAAAAUCAGGCGCAAGUGAACCGCGCCGUGGCCGAAGCGAACCGGCUUGCGAGGGAACGUCACGCAUUGCUCAGGAAGAAACAUAGAGAUCAUACACAUACACCAAAAUCAAAAGAAGGUGCUGAAACGAUGGUCACAGAUUCCUGUACAACAUUAGAUCGCACUUCCCAAUCGGAUUUGGACAAAGUCGAACCGUCAGACACCACUUCAUAUGACCAGUCUCCCAAAAGGCCGAUGUCCUCCCCACCGACCACUGCUAGAAACAGAUCAGACAGCAGAGAGACGAUUUUGAAGAAGCGGGCAGAAAGCGCAAAUGUGGUUGGGUGCCGGCCAACGACCAAUAGAGCUCGACCUAUUCCGGAAAUGGACGUUCCAGAAAAUGAUAAUGUUCCCAGAGAUCCUGAUAAAGAUAGUCCUGAUGUUUAUGUUCCAAGCUGUGAUUUAUUUGAAGUACAAACACUGCCUAAUUUAGGAAACGGAUUAGAUAUUAACUACAUUUUAGAUAGAGAUGGAUGCUACCUUGGCCUCAUACAAAGAAAGGAGAUCACGCGGCUCGACGCUAAGUAUAUGAUACGCGUCGCGGAGCAGCGCGGCCUCUUCGGGCAGAGCGCGCCGCAGCAGCCCGCGCGCAGGAAGAAAAACGAACCGGCCACUGUUACACCUAGACGAAGGAGACGCAAAACUAGUUUUGAGGUGGAACGCGUCGCGGCGCCAACAUACGCGUCGUUAUCGCGCUCGAUGCGGCGCGGCAACGUCGCGGUCGACCCGCGCGCGUCGCCCUACAGCGAGGAGGAGCACGUGUGCUCGCGGCACGUGCGCAGGCACGCGGCCGCUGCUACGUAUACCGCGACUGCGUGCACGUGUGACGCGAAGCAUAGACACUCCCAACCACGUCGUGCAUCCGCAGACGCAGAUCUCGCCACUGUAGUACGCCCCGCGUCACCACCAUGUCGCCAACCUUUCCCUCUAGUUGUACACGACUUGCGACUCAAGAACAUCGUGCAUAAGAUUUCUGUUUAGACUUUUUUUUCUUUUAUCGAGACUGUAACGCGCGUGUAUCCUUGUUCCAUUUUUAAAUCUUGACAGUUGUCUAUGUCAAUAGUAUUGUCUAUUGAUGUAGACAACGUUAUCAGGUGCGUCUUUGUGAAGGUUGAAAAUUAGAAUAGCACAAAAAAAAUGUUGAAUCAAGUCAUCUCGAUAUGCAAGCUGAGGGUCUUUUAAAAAGUGCGUAUUUUUCAUAAUACGCUUUCAUUUUAGCGAUUAAUUCUACAAAAAAGCAUAAUGGAAAUAUAAAAAAAUGCUUUAUAGAAUAUUAACAACAAUAAUUAUUAUUUUACAAAAUUCCCGAGCUUAUUGCAUAUUUUUAUUCUAUUUAUGUGUUUAAUUUCAUAAUUUUGUUGUGCUCGUCGUUUUCUCGCGUGAUUUUCAAAAUUAUACAAAUAGGUUAUUA